AUGCGCGAGUACAAGCUCGUGGUCCUUGGUUCAGGAGGUGUUGGAAAAUCUGCCUUGGUAAGUUAAAAAACAAAAACAAAAAAACAGCCAAUCUACUGUCACAAAAUGCUUUUCUAUUUCCUUUAGUUAUAGUUCCAAAACAGAGGCACAGCUAAUCACCACUCACAGCCACAAACGCAUGCAUACCUUACUAGCCGAACAGUGUUUGGCCUAAAUGUUGCUGUUCAGGUUUUCAGUUCAGUACAUUUCAGAAUUCAAUGAAUAAACCCAGUUUGUGUAAUUCAAAAUCCAUUUUUGUGGUUGUGUAACACGCUAUACUUGCCAUAUCUGCCAUCCAAGGCUGACUCAGUGAUUCUGAGCAAGAAAGGCUUUAAGGGGUUCCAAACUUUUCUGAAUAAUGAUAUUGCGCUACAGAGCAAAGACAUGUUUAUAGCAAAUAAAACAGCUCACCUUUUGCAUAGUGACAUUAGCAUUCAACAGGUGUGAAAAUCUUCUUAUCGACCCUCUCCACCCCCACCUUUUUUACUUCACAACAAAUUAGGUAGCCUGGUGAUAAGCUGCUGCUGCAACAGCAGCACACAAUAUUGACCUUGUCAGCAGGAGUCACUUAGGAAAAAAAUUUUCCCUUUGCUAUGGAGAAGGGUCAACAAAUGAGCUCAUUGCCGCGCCUUAUCACCUAGCUUUUGUUUGGACAAACAUUUUGCAAAGUGAAGCACACCAAAUGUUUGCCAGCAGCAUGCAAAUGACCUCUGAACUCUCGAGUCAUUGUGCAGUAUAUACUGAUGGAGUAACUGUCUGAGUAGCAGUCAGGUGUUUACAAAAUAAGACUGGUUUUGGUUUUGUGUGUGCUCUCCAACUCUCUCUCUCAAACCAAUCAAGGAAUAGUUUUUCCUAUUAUCUCCUGAACUAAACAUGGCAUAUAAUUUAUAAAGGAGAGUUAAGCCAUGAUGCGGGUAUGGCGUAUAUCUUCUAAACGUUGAGUAGACAGCGGCUGUUCCUGGUCAUUAGACUAGCAUCUAGGCAGCUGUUGCUACCCAGUUACUUAUGCUAUAAAGAAAAGGGAGCCUGCAUGCUGUGCAGAGCGUUGCCAUGUGACUCGCGAGAUUUAGACAGGGGAGCUGAAGGGAGCUGCUGCAAGCCCUCCAUGACAAGCCCGGCGGUCCUGGUAUGUAUUAUCGGCAAUAUCGGUAUCUCUAUAGGCCGAUACCGAUAUUGCCAAUAAUACAUAUUAGGACCGUUGGGCCCAUGACAAGCCCUGCGGUCCUGGGGGGCCCAGCAAGCGCUUGUUUACUUUCCCAGCAGCUCCCCAGUGUAAAUCUUGCGAGUCCCGCGGCUGUCAGAGCGUUGCCACGAGUUACCAUGGCAAAGUACUGCGCGGCACACAGGACGCAAUAUGUACACAGGGGAGCUGCUGGGAAGUUAAGUAAGCGCUUGCUGCGGGCCCCCACCGGACCACCAGGGAACGCUAUAUCCCCCCUCCCUGGCCAGGUAACAAGCAGGGAGAGGGGAUGGAAAAAAAAAUUAAUAUUAAAAAGAAAAAAAAUUUUUAAUCAAAAAGGCGUUCUCUCCCCUAUUUUACACAAAUUACCUACAGAACACACACUGCAUUCAUUAUAUACACACACACUGCAUUCAUUAUAGAUACACACACACUGCAUUCAUUAUAGAUACACACACACGCACGCACACACUACACAAACACGCACUCUGCAUUCAUUAUAUACAUAUUAUAUAUUAUAUAUACACACACACAGCUCCCCUGUCUAAAAACACUGCAUUCACUAAAUGUGGCAUGUAUAUUUUGUGCAUUUGCCUUUAGAAAUAGUUUAUUUUAAAAAAAAAAAAUGGUAAAUGUACAGAAUAUCAGUAAGUUAUUGGCCAGAAAGUUAAGAGUAUCGGUAUCUGCUCUCAAAAAAUCUAUAUCGGUCAAUCCCUACUUUAUUGGUCCUUUAUGUAAUUAAAAUAGAUCUUGCUGCACAUCAUUGUUAUUGAAUCAUACAUAAUUUAAGUGAAUUGAUACUUUGAUUACGUUCUUUCUGCAUGCAAGAGCCGCUGGUACAGUGCUUCAAAUGACACUUUAGGUACCAUAACAGCUUCAUCUAAUUAAAUUAGCGGUGCUUGGUGUCACUUGACAUUGUCCCACAGUUUUGAUGAAUUGAUUUUUGAUUGGUUUGACUCUAAAUGAGGGACUGUGUGUAUUUGUGGCUGUGCCCUCUUUGACAGAGGUAUGGCAAAGAAAUAGGGUAACCCUUUAUUUGCCAUACACCAAUAGUACAUUCCAUUUUAACAGAUUACAGCUAUCCUUUUUUUUUUCACCUGGUUUAAGACUUUAAAAAAAAUAAAUAAAUAGUAAUGUGGAUAGAAUUUGCAGCAGAUACAGUUAAAACUUUUAUUUUUGUAAGACUUGUUCAUGUAUAUGUGAUCACCUUUCACACUGCACUAUUUAGUAAAUCUAGACUCUGUUCUACAGUAAAUAUAGCGGUUUCUUAAGUAUUGUUUUCCUUUCCCCUCCAGACAGUACAGUUUGUGCAGGGAAUAUUUGUGGAAAAAUAUGAUCCUACAAUAGAAGACUCUUACAGAAAGGUAAGUCUGGACUGACACCUACAUGCGUUUCAGUUUGAGUUUUACUAGAUCAUUGGAUGUCUUGUGUUUCAUUUGAAAUGUAUUAAUGCAUUCAUCAAGGCAACUUUGUUACAGAUGCUUUGUCAAAAUCUAAUUUAGAGCUUCAGAGAACAGUAUUAAUGACAUGUACUUAAUUCCCAUAAAAUGACCAUUCCUUUUCAUUACAGCAAGUGGAAGUAGAAGGGCAGCAAUGUAUGCUUGAAAUUCUCGACACAGCCGGAACAGUAAGUCAAAUAACGAUUUCUCAGUCAUUAAUAAUUGUUAUAUGAAGAAAACCGUUUUAUUGUUGGCAUGACUUCACAGGUAAUAAUCUGUUAAAGGACCACUCUAGGCACCCAGACCACUUCAGCUUAAUGAAGUGGUCUGGGUGCCAGGUCCAGCUAGGGUUAACCAUUUUUUAUAAACAUAGCAGUUUCAGAGAAACUGCUAUGUUUAUGAAUGGGUUAAGCCUUUCCCUAUUUCCUCUAGUGGCUGUCUCAUUAACAGCCACUAGAGGCGCUUGCGUGCUUCUCAAUGUGAUUUUCACAGUGAGAGCACGCCAGCGUCCAUAGGAAAGCAUUAUGAAUGCUUUCCUAUGUGACCGGCUGAAUGCGCGCGCAGCUCUUGCCGCGCAUGCGCAUUCAGCCGCAUGGGAGGAGAAGAGGAGGAUCGGAGGAGGAGAGCUCCCCGCCCAGCGCUGGAAAAAGGUAAGUUUUAACCCCUUUCCCCCUUCCAGAGCCGGGCGGGAGGGGGACCCUGAGGGUGGGGGCACCCUCAGGGCACUAUAGUGCCAGGAAAACAAGUGUUUUCCUGGCACUAUAGUGAUCCUUUAAACAAUCCAUGGAGACAAGUCAUUUUCUGUGCAGCUAGUUGUAAACUUAGAUAUCAGUGAGCAUCUUGCCACAGAAUUGCUUAUUCUGCUUGUUCUCUGAUUAACUUGUGUAAAAAUAUAUAUAUCUAUAGUAAUGGUAAAUGGAUGAGACGGCGCUGGUCAACUUAUAGGCAGCAACCUUUAAAGGGGAAUCCCUCAAAAACCCUUUAAAACAAGAUAAAAGUAACAAGAAAGGCUGCGCCACAUAAAAUAUUAAAAGAAGACAAAGUCCAAGUAGUAAAAAGUCCAAUUUGUAUAUCCUUAUGAAUAGUCUUUUUAGGAGGCUGGUACUGUGGUAGGGUCUUCAGAUAUAGUGGUUCCACUUUAUAUAGAAGAUAAAAGAGGGGGACACACAAUAGUGCAAUAUGUAUAGCUCAAAUAUGGACGUAAUAAAAAAACAAUGGUAGAGGACUCACAUUUACAAGAGCUUAUAUCCAGCUCUAGGGUAAAGCGCGUACAGCAGUGUGAUCCCCGCUGAUAGGAUAUAUGAUGGGUACCUCUCUGUCAGUGGUGUCCGGUUCUCAGGAAAGAAGAAACAGCCAACAGUGCUCACUGUAUAGUAAUGUUGGUAUAAAUUAAAUAAAAACAUACUUACAAGUAAAGAGCAGGCGGGCUGCUCUGUGGUAUCAGCAUAAGUGGAUUAAUCCCCACCUAGGAUUUCUUGGGAUGCAGGAAGCUUCCAAAUAUUUUAAAACCAGAAUGGAUAAAAAAAUAAGAUAACGAAAACGCGUUAUGGAAAUUUUAUAUUGUGUAUUUUUGUAUUAAAAGUAUAUUUGGUCAUCUGGCUGUGCCAAUUAUCUUUUUUACACAUACCUUUUUUUAUUUAUUUUUACCCUGGCUUUUUAUUAUCUUAUUUUUUAUCCAUUCUGGUUUUAAAAUAUUUGGAAGCUUCCUGCAUCCCAAGAAAUCCUAGGUGGGGAUUAAUCCACUUAUGCUGAUACCACAGAGCAAGUCCGCCUGCUCUUUACUUGUAAGUACGUUUUUAUUUAAUUUAUACCAACAUUACUAUACAGUGAGCACUAUUGGCUGUUUCUUCUUUCCUGAGAACCGGACACCACUGACGGAGAGGUACCCACCAUAUAUCCUAUAAGCGGGGAUUAUACCGCUGUACGCGCUUUACCCUAGAGCUGGAUAUAAGCUCUUGUAAAUGUGAGUCCUCUACCAUUGUUUUUUUCAUUACGUCCAUAUUUGAGCUAUACAUAUCGCACUAUUGGUUGUCCCUCUCUUUUAUCUUCUAUAUAAGCGGAACCACUAUAUCUGAAGACCCUACCACAGUACCAGCCUCCUAUAAAGAUUACUCGUAAGGACAUACAAAUUGGACCUUUUAUUACUUGGACUUUAUUUUCUUUUAAUAUUUUAUGUGGCGCAGCCUUUUUUAUUUGUUACUUUGGUUUAGACAUUAAUGACUGUGUGUUGAGUUAUUUUGAGGGGACAGCUAAUUUACACUCUUAUACAGGCUGUACACUUACUACUUUACAUUGUAGCAGAAUGUAAUUUCUUCAGUGUUGUCACAUGAAAAUAUAUAAUAAAAUAUUUACAAAAAUGUGAGGGGUGUACUCACUUUUGUGAGAUACUGUAAUAUUAGGCAGGUGGUUUUCAUGUUUCAGCUUUUAAGGUUAUUAGUAUGGAGAGGACAAUUGGAAGUGAGUAUCUAAAGCAUGUAGAUGUUACAGUCAGACAAAGUCAUUGCAGCAAAACAGUUCAAUGUGAUGUCAGUACAUUAUGGCAUACUUGUUUCGGAUGCUAAAGGAAAACCUCUGUUUAUCAAAAACACAUCAAACAUUAUGUAGUAUGGUGGGAGAAUGCUUCCAGUGGAAGUCUGUUACUGUUGUGCUGACAGUGAAUGCUUUUCAUUCACAGAAUUCACAUUAGCCAUCCCAGAAGUCUCAUUGAUGAAAUCUGUACUAUUGAGAGAGUACUAUUGUUUGAAUUGGUUUUUUUUUUUUAUUAUUUACAUAUACUCCGAGAAGUACAAAAGACAAAGAAUAUUAAAUCUUUUUUUUGGCAUUUUUUAUUUUAGAAGUGCAGAGGUACAUACACUGAUUGGUAAUGGUUCAAAUAAAACCUGUAUAAACAAACUUAGAACUAGGGCCUGACAUUUCACGCUAAGCUGCACAUUUUUUUUCCAAAAAGUGAAAACCAUAAUAAAUAUACUAGGCCUACAUGUCCAUGGACAGAUGAAAAGCAUAACACGAGAAAAAUUCCUGGCAUGUAGAAGAUAAAGUACUCAUAUAAGGUGGGUUAGAGAACUUGGCGUCCACUCUUGCAAAUAAAGCCUGGAUCAGCCAACUUCGAUGAGUGGAAAGUGCAAGAUAAUGCUGAAUGCAUUUCUACAGAGUGAUUCUAAUGUUGUGCACUGCUCCAGACCCACUCAAGGGCUGACUUCAUCACCCUCGGGACAUGAAGGCCCCCAAACACCAAUCCCCUCUACCUAUGAAGGUAGCAUGCGGGCCUGA